AAAUAGUCGAUAAAAUUCGGAGAGCUGAAAAAUUGGUCGAAAAAAUCGUCGGAGAAUCAGUAUGAGUACCCCACGGGAGGUUUUUACGAUAUCCCAGGCAAAAGUACCUGAAGUAGACGGCAAGAUGGACCAAGAUCAUCAUGACACUGGUUACUUUGCGGUUAGCAGUACUGCUGACCUAACACCUAUGAAAAGGGCUGGUAGUGGCACUGAAAAGGAAAGGGAUGGUCGAGCGACAUGGUUACUAGUCUUGAGUGGAAUGGCUACGACCUUUGGAGCAUCUUUACCUGUCGGAUACAAUAUUGGAGUUAUAAAUGCUCCUUCAGCUGUGAUACAGAAGUGGUGUUCGGAAGCUCUGUUGCAACGAUACAGUAUCACGCUGACUCCAGCCACAUUAGCUAUUGUUUGGUCGACAAUUGUGUCGAUUUUCCUGAUUGGAGGAAUGAUUGGAUCUCUAGCCGGCAGCUGGUUUGCUCAUCAAAUUGGCAGAAAAGGAACGUUAAUAGUGAGCGGUGUAUUGGGUGUAGUCGCUGGCAUCCUAUUUCUAACCUGUAAAGAUCCACACCUUAUAGAAUUUAUAUUUAUUGGGAGAUUUCUAGUUGGAUUAUCGUCAGGUCUAAUAACAGGAGUUAUGCCCAUGUAUCUCUGUGAAAUAGCGCCGCCCAAUCUGAGGGUGAGUGAUGGGUGUCCUAUGCCCACUUGGACUAACAUUUGGCGUUGUUUCCUCACAGUUUAUGGGCAUGAGUUGGAUUUUAGGAACUGAACAACACUGGCACCAUCUGUUGGCCCUCUAUGCAAUUCUUAUAUCUUCUGUGGUCUGGCUCUACCUUUCAUGCCAGAAAGCCCUAAAUACUUGUAUUACAUCAAGGGACUCAAACAGCGGGCUUG